AUUCUCACCACCUGCAUCAAUGUCCCCAUCAGUUAGCGAAAAGUAUAUGAACUUUCCUGAUGAGCCAUACUUAUGGAAGUUUGGUCCAGAAGAUGAUAAUCCAGAAGAAGAUGAUGGCUUGCAUUAUCCCGAGGAAUCUGCUAAAGCUACAGAUAAAGAAUCAUCAGGACCAGUAUGGACCUAUAGAGGAAUUAUGAAUAUAGGAUUUUUAGCUAUUCUUACCGCUGCGAUCUUAAUGUUAUUCGCUGGAUACCCCAUACUCGGAUAUGCCAGAGCAGCUGAAAGAAGCAAACAAGGCGGAUAUAAUAUUGGUUUUAUCAAUUCAACUGGUCAGAUAGCUGCCAUUAGUGGCCAUCGUGGCUUAGUUGACCCUGACACACCGGAAGAAGCACGCACUAGAGUAGGUUACGACGGUAAAGACUAUGAGCUCGUUUUCUCCGACGAAUUUAACAUCGACGGACGGACAUUCUACCCUGGUGAAGAUCCAUUUUGGGAAGCUGGAGAUCUGCACUAUUGGGGAACAAACAAUCUUGAAUGGUACUCCCCACGUCAAGUAACAACCGAAGGUGGUGCACUUAGAAUAACACUCGAUGAAGUAGCCAGUCACGAUCUCGAAUAUGAAGGAGGAAUUUUGACAAGUUGGAACAAAUUCUGUUUCACAGGUGGAUACAUUUCAGCAUCAGUACAACUUCCAGGUUCAUCAGACGUCUGGGGUCUCUGGCCAGCUUUCUGGACUAUGGGUAACCUCGGUCGUGCUGGUUAUGGUGCCAGUCUAGACGGAAUGUGGCCAUACAGUUAUGAUAGCUGCGAUGUCGGUACUCUCAAGAACCAAUCACUUGGUGUAUAUCCACCUGAGUCACGUACCAAUGGUGAUUGGGCGUAUGAUUACUCAGUUUCUUACCUCCCUGGACAACGUUUAUCCAGAUGCACAUGCGAUGAUCAAGAUCACCCUGGACCAAAGCAUGAAGACGGUACCUUAAAAGGUAGAUCUGCACCUGAAAUCGAUAUUCUUGAAGCACAAGUAGAUCAAUCUACGCGUAUGGGUCACCUCUCAAUGUCUGGUCAAUUCGCACCAUUUAACAGUUUCUAUCUUUACGACAACACAUCUGAUUUGGCUGUAUUGACACACCCUGAAACUGACGAAGUGAACGGUUACCAUGGAAGUGUUUUCCAACAAUCCGUUAGUGGUGUUAUACGUACAAACCAAGAAUGUUAUCAAUUCGAAUCUGGAUGCUAUGAUGAGUAUGGUUUCGAGUAUCAUCCAGGUGCCGAUGGUGACAUAAAAUGGUCAGUUAGCGACGAAGUUAGAUGGAGCGUCAAAGCGGGUGCCAUUGGUCCAGAUCCAAUCACAGAAAUUGGACAAAGAACUAUACCGGAGGAACCAAUGUACAUACUUAUUAACCAAGGUAUAUCGAACAACUUUGGUGACAUUGACUGGGAUGAGCUCAUAUUCCCUUCAAUAAUGUCAGUUGAUUGGGUACGCGUUUAUCAACCUGUUGGUGAGCGUAACGUCGGCUGUGACCCACCAGAUAUGCCAACUAGCGAUUAUAUUAACCGCCAUAUUGACGCUUACAUGAAUCCAAACUUAACGACUUGGCAACAAUACACUGAUGAACUUUGGCCAUUGAACGCACUUGAACAUCAAAAUGACGAGACUUGUCAAACAGCGCUCAACAUCGCGCCAGACAAUCUCAUGGGACUUUAGUUUAUAUUUAUUUUCAUUAUGUUUUUUGUUAUAUUAGUAGUAAUAUUUA